CUCAUUGAAUCAAAAUCGUCAACCGACACAAAUUAGACCAUGACGACUUUUGAUUACCAAGAAAAGUCGUCAUGCUAAAAAUAUUUCCUUGACAAUUUUUCAUAGGAUUUUGGAAUCACAUGGAGUAUGAGAUUGGGUAUGAUUUCGUACCUAAUCUCAUAUCCCGUAGCCCCAAAUUUCAGUUUCCUCAAGAAUUUUUAGUUUCGUUUUGAUUUUUGUUUUCUUUCUUUUUUUGAUUUGAGAUGGAUUUUGAAAAUUGUUUGGACGGUUUUAGUUUUACGGUUUCAAUGUAAAAGAAUUCAUUUAUUAAUAGUUUGGUCUUUUUAACAUCUUUUAGAUAUCCUUUAGCACACCAUCUUGAGAUACCCUUUAACACAAUAUCUUAGAUGGUUUAAAUUUUGUAUACCCAAGGAGUUGAAGAGCAUUCCUUUUUGAUUUACAAAUAGAGGGAGAAAAUUGAAGGAUAGUCCCCCCCCUCCCAGUGUCCAUCUCUCUCUUGAUGGAGACAGACGAAGAGCAAACAAGCAUUCCAUUCCAACUCCAGUUCGAUAAACCAGUCUCAUCUCAGAUUAAGAUUGCUGAAUGGAACCCAGAAAAGGAUUUAUUAGCCAUGGUUACUGAAGACUCAAAAAUACUUCUUCAUCGAUUUAAUUGGCAAAGAUUAUGGACCAUUUCUCCAGGAAGAUGUAUAACAGCUCUAUGUUGGCGACCUGAUGGUAAAGCAAUAGCUGUUGGCCUUGAAGAUGGCACUAUUUCUUUGCAUGAUGUUGAGAAUGGAAAGCUGUUGAGAAGCAUAAAAUCUCAUAAUGUGGCUGUCGUGUGUCUUAACUGGGAGGAAGAUGGACAGCUAGCAAGCGACAGUAACAACACUCAAUUAAUUUACGAAGAUCGUACCUCACGUUUCUUCCCUUCUGCCCCAAGAGUUCCUCGAAUGCCUGGAGUAGCAUCUGGGGAUACUGGGUUUAUGGACGAAAGUGAAGAUUCAUUUAGAGAAUUGUCAAAUACUUCACAUCAACGAUUUAACAUCUUAUGCAGUGGUGACAAAGAAGGAACCAUUUGUUUCAGUAUAUUUGGAAUUUUCCCAAUAGGAAAAAUCAAUAUAAACAAAACGUUCAUAUCUGCUCCACUUCGGGACAAAGAAGCUGUGCACCAACUUGUAAAUUCAUCAAUAUAUAAGGUAGCUUUGUCAAAAGAUCUUUGUCAUUUGAUUGUAAUGUGCUUUGGGGAACUGGUGGAGCACAUGAUUGAAGAAAAGGAAAAAGUAUCUGGAAAUGGUUCUUUAGUUGGAUUGCAUUGUUUGCUACUUGAUACUUCUAUAUUUCGGAAGAGGAAGAAUGAGCUCCAUCAAGUUGCUCAACAGGCUUCAAACAUAGAGGACUUCUUUGAGGUUAUCAGGGCUUCAUUAUCAAUCAUGUGUAAACAGUGGGCUGAUGCCAUGCACGUAUUCCACGAGAAGUUUGACACUCUAUCUCCUCUGAUUGCUGAUAAUGGAUUGGAUUCAAGUCCUCAAGAGGAGUUCUUAAGUCUUCUAGGUGGUGCUCGGACAAGUCCACCAGUACAUCAGUUUCUUGUUUCCACUCUUGGUGAAGUGGGUCUCAAACGAGUAACAAAGGCUAUUGAUAAUGCUGGGAAGGAGCUUCAUCUUAUUGUUCGUGAGCAUCUCCAGCCUGCUGCAGAAAUAGUUGGAUUUAGAAUUGGAGAAUUAAGAGGUCUCUCAAGGUGGAGGGCUCGCUAUCAAGGUAUUGGGCUAGAUGAGAAGCUUAUUGAUAGUGCAACAGAAAGGGCUGGUAUGUUGCUUGUACAAGUUGAGAGGCUUAUCAAGGUGCUUGCUGUGGUUGUCUAUCAGUUUCAGAAUUUCUUCCUCUGGCUCUCAAAAUGUAUAAAACUACUUAUGUCUGAAUCAAGUGACCAGCUUCCCCCAUUCAAUAGUGAACUUGUAAUUGUAUUCUUGAAGUUUCUAUAUGACCAAGAUCCUGUCAGGCAAUUGUUGGAGGUCAUGGAAGGAGACCAUAGUAUUGAGGUUGAUUCGGAAACAAUGCAAAGAGUUGAAGAACUAGUUCAAUUUGGUGGAUUUUCAGACACCGAGUACUUGCAGAGAACACUGGCUAAAGAAUUUGAACUGCUCGAGUAUAGUUUCAAGGAGGCCUUUCUCGUUCUAUUCACCACAAUUUCCAAAAAGAUCCAUUGUAAAGAUUUGAUGCCAUUGUUUCCUGUUCCAGCAGCUUCACCAAAGUCUGCUUCCACUUCCAUAAAUAUUCCUGCAUCUAUAUCCUUCUACGAGGAAUCCCAAAACAGAUUCUUAGAUUACACUUGUUUCAGGAUACCCGACAAGUCUUUCUCAGAUAUGGCUAAUUGUAUAGGCAUAACUAGAGGGUUUAAGAAUGAUUUAAGUACCACUGAGAUGGCUCAUACUUCUAUGGAGGCGGUACUGCUGAUUGUUCCUGAUGGGUACAAUUGUGUGGAUGUCUCCCUAUAUAAGGACACCCAGAUUGUUCUACUUUUAAAUGAGACAGUCACUGUUUCCGACAGUAGUGGGCGUGGUCACUUGAUGAUUUUACGAGCAACAGAUCUUCCAUUUGUUUCUGUUGCAAGUUCAUCAUAUUCACACUUUUGGAAUUUGCAAGAGUUGAAGGAAUCUGCUAUUGAUUUGAAUAUGGAGAAUGAAAAAGUUCGAAGUAUUCCGCACUCUGUAAUUGCUCCCUUAGCUGUCAGUGCUUCAAGAGGUGUGGCUUGUGUCUUUGCUGCAAGAAAGCGCGCCCUAGUUUACAUACUAGAGGAAGAUGAAGAUGAGGGUUCAGACAUCGAGUAGUGGGUUCUUUUUGUAUAUACUGUAACGGAACAUCUCGUGAGGUUUGUGGACUUCCAAGUCGUAUCUAAACCUUCUCAAUGGCGUUAUUUUGAAUUUAAUGUGUGAAACUCUUUGGGCCUGCUCUAAUACCUCCUGAGCUCUCAUUGUUCAUGUGAAACUGCUGUGAAAAUGCAUGUUCUUGUGCAUUAUAUUUGCGAGUGCAUUAGUCUAUUAUUUCUCA